UAAACGGGCUAGCCCCCGUCCACAAUUAACUUUAACAUUGCUGCCGGGGCAAAAUUUUCCCUCGGAAGAGAUUGUAGAGAAUUUUAGCAUCGUCAUUUAUAUAGAUCAGAAACUUGAACCUUUAAAAGAGGUAUCCAAUUCUUUCAGCUCCAUAUAAUCCAUAUAUGGCAACCAAGAGGAAAAGCUUGAAGCUUCAGCCUCGAACAGCUCGUUCAAUGUUUCCUUUCCACCGAAGUGAUGAGCUGGUAUGGCUGUCCUUCCCCGACCUCCCCCAAGAAGAUAUUAUUCCACAAGAUCUGAUACUGGAUCAACGUCCCUCAGUAGUAGGCGCCAACAAAAUUGGAAAAGGCCUCCCACAUAGAAUAUUAUCUACUCCGAAAAAUGGUGAAGCAAAUACUAGUAAUGAUAAGAAGAUUGUGCGUAGGGACACUGAACAAAAAAGAAGGCUGCAAAUGGCCAUUCUCAAUGAAUCACUUCGGUCGCUGCUCCCUGUCGAGAUGAUUCAGGGAAAGCGUUCAGUGGCGGAUCAUAUGAGCGAGGCAGUGAAUUAUAUCAAAUACCUGAAGAAUAAGAUCGAAGAAUUGAGUGGCAGGAGGAAUGAGCUUAGAAGUUUAUGUAAUUUGGGUGUUCUUCACAGUCCUGGAAAAGAAAGGUCAGAUAAUUGUCUUCUGGACCGUGUUAUGGUCAACCCUUGUUGGGGAAGAGUGGAGAUUAUAGUGACUAGCAAUGUGAAAGAGGAAGGUUUGCUUCUAUCAAAGGUGUUUGAAAUCUUGCUCGAAGAAGGAUUUAGCGUGGUUAGCUGCGUUUCAACUAAAGCAAAUGAAAGGUUAUUUUACUAUAUUCAGUCCGAGGUCAAUAAUGAUUUCGAGGGCCUUGAUCUACCUGCGGUGCAACGGAAAUUGAAUGAUCUCAUCUUGUCAUCAAGACGCGCUUCUGAAAGUGAGAAUAUCUUGUAUCCACUUGUGGAGAAGCACUACUGAUCCCUUGAUCUGAACCCUAAAUUAACUCGGUGUUCUUUUCGCACUUUACUGGUUUCUUUUCUAAAAAUUCCAAAA